GAGGCGGAGCGGAUCCGGCGCUGCGGUGCGGCCCAGAGACCCGGCCGGCAGGCGCUCCGCCUCCCCGAGCCGCAGGGCCCCGACGGCUCUCCCGCUGCCCCAGGACAGGUGCAUGGCGCCCGGGGGAACGCGCUGAGCGGGUCGCGGCGCCGCGGACGGCACCAUGGCCCUGGAGCGGGCGCUGCAGGCAGCGCGGCAGGGCGACCUGGACGUGCUGAAGUCCCUGCACGCCGCCGGCCUGCUCAAGCCCUCGCUGCGGGACCCGCUGGACGCGCUGCCGGUGCACCACGCCGCCCGCGCGGGCAAGCUGCACUGUCUGCGCUUCCUGGUGGAGGAGGCCGCCCUGCCCGCCACGGCCCGCGCGCGCAACGGCGCCACGCCGGCCCACGACGCUGCCGCCACUGGCCACCUCGCCUGCCUGCAGUGGCUGCUCUCGCAGGGUGGCUGUGGAGUGCAGGACAAAGACAAUUCUGGUGCCACAGUCCUGCACCUGGCUGCCCGCUUUGGCCACCCUGAGUUGGUGGACUGGCUGCUGCAUCAUGGCGGUGGGGAUCCCACCGUGGCCACAGAAGCAGGCGCCCUGCCUGUCCACUACGCUGCCGCCAAAGGAGACUUCCCCUCCCUGAGGCUUCUCAUCAGGCACCAUCCCGGGGGAGUGACUGCCCAAACCAAGACCGGUGCCACGCCCCUGUACCUGGCGUGCCAGGAGGGCCACCUGGAGGUGACGCAGUACCUGGUGCAGGAAUGCGGCGCGGACCCGCACGCGAGGGCCCAGGACGGCAUGACCCCGCUGCACGCCGCGGCGCAGAUGGGCCACAGCCCGGUCAUCGUGUGGCUGGUGAGCUGCACCGACGUGAGCCUGUCGGAGCGGGACAAGGACGGCGCCACGGCCAUGCACUUCGCGGCGAGCCGCGGCCACGCCAAAGUGCUCAGCUGGCUCCUGCUGCACGGCGGCGAGAUCUCCACCGACCUGUGGGGCGGGACCCCGCUGCACGACGCCGCGGAAAACGGGGAGCUGGAGUGCUGCCAGAUCCUGGUAGUGAACGGCGCGGAGCUGGACGUCCGCGACCGCGACGGAUAUACGGCCGCCGAGCUCUCGGACUACAAUGGCCACAGCCGUUGCACCCGCUACCUGCGCACCGUGGAGAGCCUGAGUGUGGAGCACCGUGUCCUGUCCCGGGAUCCGUCUGCUGACCUGGAGGCCAAGCAGCCCGACUCUGGCAUGUCUUCACCCAAUACCACCAUGUCCGUCCAGCCACUGAACCCUGACCUCAGCUCGCCCACCAGCACCCUCUCCAACUACGACUCCUGCUCCUCCAGCCACUCCAGCAUCAAGGACCAGCGCCGCCCACGCCGGCUUCCCAGCUCAAGAGCUGCAGACAUAGAAAAGUACAUAGACAAGCUGAGCCCGCAGCUGGGCCGGCCCCGGGGCAAGACGGAGAGAACCACACCCCUGCCACCACCGCCCAGCUUCCCUCCGCCGCCCCCGCCCCCGAACACCCAACUGCCCCCACCCCCACCAGGCUACCCAGCUCCCCAGCCCCCCGCGGGACCACAGGCUGCUGACAUCUACCUGCAGACCAAGAGCAAACUCCGUCACGUGGAGACAGAGGCCCUCAAGAAGGAGCUGGGCUCCCGCGACGGCCACGACGGGCUGAGGAGGCAGGACUCCGGCCGCAAGCCCCGCGCCUUCAGCAAGCAGCCCAGCACGGGGGACUACUACCGGCAGCUGGGCCGCUGCCCCGGGGAGCCGCCGACCUCGGGCCCGGGCAUGGCGCACAGCGAGGAGGCGGCGCUGCUCCCCGGGAACCACGUGCACAACGGCUGCGCCACGGACUCCAAGGCGUCCAGGGAGCUGCCCCCGCCGCCGCCGCCGCCCCCGCCGCCGCCGCCCCUGCGGGAGGCCCUGAGAUCGCCGCCGCCGGCUCCGCCUCUGCCCUUCGAGGGCGCUGGCCCUAGCUGCGGGCAGCGUCGCUCCUCCUCGUCCACUGGCAGCACCAAGUCUUUCAACAUGAUGUCCCCGACGGGUGACAACUCCGAGCUACUGGCUGAGAUCAAGGCGGGCAAGAGUCUGAAGCCAACGCCGCAGAGCAAGGGACUGACCACUGUGUUCUCGGGCUGCGGGCAGCCGAUCUCCCAGUCCGACUCGCCGCUGCCUCCGGCGUCGCCGGCGCCUUCACGGGCCCGCAGCCCCACCCCGCCCUCCGCGGGGCCCCAGCCUCUGCUCAACGGCAGCGUGGCGCCGGCACCGCCCACCACCCCGGCACCCGGCGUGCAGCUCGACGUGGAGGCUCUCAUCCCCACGCACGACGAGCAGGGCCGGCCCAUCCCGGAGUGGAAGCGGCAGGUGAUGGUGCGGAAACUGCAGCUGAAGAUGCAGGAGGAGGAGGAGCAGAGACGGAAGCUGACCGCCGCCAGCUCGUGCUGCUACCCCCGCGAGGGCUGGAGGUACUCCAGCGCGCACAACGCCAUCCUCGGGCCCUUCGGCGAGCUCAUGACCGAAGCCGACAUCCUUCGCAUCGAGCAGCAAAUCGAGAACCUGCAGGUGCUGCACAAGGCGCAGAAGCUGGAGGCGCGCCUGGAGCAGCUGGAGCUGGAGCUGGAGCAGCUGCUGCCCAUCUCGGCCGCCCUUUCGGCGCCGCGCUUCACCGUCGACCCGCGCCGCAUGCACGGCCGCGCCGCCAGCCUGCCCGCCUGGUGCAGCAAGAUCUCCACGCUGCUCAAGAGCAUGGCCACGCUGCUGGCCGCGCUGGGCGGCCGGCCCGCGCACCUGGCGGAGCUGCUGGCUGCCGACACGGGCCAGCCGCUGGCCCCGCUGCCCGACGCGCCCUGGCGGCCGGGCCCGCUCUGCCUGGGCCGCUCGCACUCGCUGAGCUGGUGCCGCGAGGCCGUGGCGCGCGAGAUCCUAGAGUGCGGCGUCUCCGUGCAGCACCUCCGCGCCGUCUACGAACUGCGCGCCCAGGGCUCGGCGCCCGCGCGCGACUCGCGCAGCAAGCCCUCGCUCCCCGCCGGCGCCUCCGGCCGAGAGCCCAUCCUCGAGGAGGACUACGUGGCGACCGGCGCCGGGGAGCCGGGCGCCCCCGCCAACAACGGCUUGCAGGCCGCGGGGGACUCCCUGGGAGCCCUGGGCCCGCCUGACGCUCCCGGCCACCAGGCGGCGAUGCCGGAUCCCGAGCCCGAGCCGCCCGCACGCCGGCCGCCGCUGACCCCCGAGCUGCGCGGCGUCCAAGACUACAUAGAUAUGCGCAAGGAGCGCAUCGUCUACCUCUUCCUGGAGCACUGGCGCAAGUGGACCUUCCGCGGCCCCGGGCGCCACGCCCAGGCGCGCCUACGCAGACUGCUGCCCCGAGUGGUGGCCGCCGGCGCGCGCCCGGCCCCCGACGCCACCAACGACCCCCAGCCACCGGCCGCCGACGGCCCCGACGGACGGCUGCUGCGCCUGCUCAAGCAGCGGCAGGUGGUGGACAAGCUGCUGGGCCACUGGCGGAGCCUGCUGCGGCAGGUGCCCGCCUGCCCGCCGGGCUCGGGCCUGGCGCACGGCCUGUACUGGCCCGAGCACUUCCUGCCGCCCCUCGACGGCGGCGCGCCCCGGCGCUACGAUAGCCUCACGCUCGACCUCUUCAUGCUCGGCUACUUCCAGCUGCUCGAGAUGGGCCUGAGCCGUGAGGAGCGCAAGUUCCGCCACCUACUGUGCUACGAGAUGUUUGACCGGCUGGGCAGCCACCCGUGGGAGCUCAUCCGCCUCUUCCACCGCGUGGUGCUCGAGGAGGUGGAGGCUGGCCGGCGCAGCUGGAGCGACGGCUUUGAGGACCUCAGGCGCCGGUUCUUUGGAGACAGCCCGGAGGCCGAGCCAGCCCCGGAAGAUGAGGAGGCCGAGAAGGAGCAAGAGGAGGAGAAAAGAGAAGAGGAGGAGAGCGAGCCGGCGGAAAAGAUCGCUUCGGCUCAGAGGGUGGACUGGCCAGAGGGGCAGCCCGAAGCCCCAGCCCCUGCGCAGCAGUGCCCCACCCCACCCCCGCCGGCUGCGCCGCCUCCCACAUGGGACCCUCCUAGUUCCGAAGCCCCCACGGAAGAUCCCCUGGAGCUGGUGUCUGAGAUGGGCGAGUUCAGCAACGAGGACAUCUGCCGCUACAUAGAUCGCAGCUUCUCCUUCUGGAAAGAGAAGGAGUCAGAGCUCUUUGAUAUCUGAGCAGAAUUUGGAAUUUCCCCUCCAGCACCUUCACCAGGGCCUGGAUGCCUGUCUGAUGCCCUCUGGAGGCCAAAAGCCGGCAGGAAGAACCCAGAAGCCAGCUUGGUGGCCUUGGAGAACCCAGAGUGCCCAGGAGGACCAGGCUGCCUCGGCCUUUGAAACCCCAGCGUGGCCAGAUGUGGGGCAGUGGCCAGAACGGGCAGGGCGGGGCACAGGGCAAACCCGGUGUUCCCCUCUGGCCCUACAGUCUUGCCUGGCUCUGUGUUGGAGCCAGGUGGAAGAAGCCGCCCCCGAGGGACCGUGGGUCCCCCUUGGGGCAGUGGGGCUCUCCUCUCUCUGGUUUUUCACUGAAUCCACAGCUACUUCUUUGAGGUCAUGUAGCGACGUGUGUAAUGUUCCAUGUGACAUGUUCUCCUGUGUAAACGCCCAAGUAAUAAAACUCUUUGCUG